AUGAAGCGGUUGACAGCAGGAGGCAGCGCAGGUAGCAGCAGCGGCAGCGUGAGCACGAGCGGAGACCCGCGGAGACCAGACGCGGUUAAGAAGUAUGUCCCCCCGGUGGUGAAUGCGGAGGAUCUGCCGAUCGACAUGGCGAGCAUGAUGGCCAUCUUUUUUGGGAUCGCCGGUGUCAUGAUGCGGCAAAAGCUUGCCUGCUGGCUGGCUCUUCUUUGUGCAGCACAAGCUCUGGCAAACAUGAAAUAUGUGGAGCAUGAUUUAAAGCAAAUAAUUACUGCGCUCAGUUUCGCGGUUAUGGGCAUCGUGACGAAUUAUUUUGCACCAGUGCCGGUACACCCUGAUGCAAUAGCAGCAGGCCAACAAAGUUGA